UGACGUCUGUCAUUCUCGGGCGUUGCUUCUUGUUUUUUCUUGAAAAUACAUCGUAUUCUAUAUUAUCUGUGAAAGGACAAAAUCAAAAUAGAAUAAAUCGUGAAGAUGACUGUUUUUAUAUUCAUAGUAAUAAUAUUCUAGACGAAAAUGUAUUAGAGAGGCUCGACGGUGUUUAUCUGCUAUCCUGAGGAAUAUAUUUACCGUUAAAAUUUUACGUUUUUGGCGGUGUAGUUUGUACAUUUAAAUACUGAAUGUAUUCGUACUAUUAUUCAACGUGAAAUGUCGAUUGUCAUUCCAUAGUUAAUAUAUAUAUAUAUAUAUAUAUAUAUAUAUAAUAACUGAUACAAAAUACAUUGAUGUGGUUAUGUAUUAACUGAAUAUCAGUUACCGGCAAAGUUUUAAUUCAUUUGAUUUACCGGAUUUCAAGAACAAAAAAGAGAUAUCCGUAACUUGCGAAGCAUCCAAUCGUAAUCGUGGCGGCGUUAAAUCAGGUUAACUGCAGAACCUCGGGAUUCUGUAAUGCACGCAAAUGUGCAUACAGAACGGGCCGGAGGUGGUGGAGGGUCGUGGAGACUACCUCCAGAUGAAACUCUGCAGGUGGCCGAUCCGAAGCAAAAAGAAGAACAGGAUCUAUUCACACCAGAUGGACACAACUGGAGAAGCAUAAUUUUCUCCUUGCUAGUGAUCGGUUUUGUAAUAUCCGGAAUCGUUACUGCAAUCUAUUUAUUAGGAUAUGUCGAUGAGCUGUUAUAUUGGUCGGGGCGAAGAAUGAACUUAGAUGAGUUCCUACAGAAAGAUGUAGUUCCACAAAGACUGCCUUCAAUAUGGAUAAACAGUAAUAAAUUUGUCUUUCAAUCUGAUGAAGGAGGACUCGCUGUAUUGGACACUGCCAAAAACUCUGUUUCGAUCUUAGUAACCAAUCACACUUUACGCCAGAUUAAUGUGAUGGGAUAUCAGUGCUCUCAUGAUUUGCGAUAUGUAUUAUUUAGGCACAACGUGAAACAGGUGUACCGGCUGUCAUAUACUGCAUUAUAUACUGUUUACGACGUUGCAAAUGACCAUCAUACGCCUAUACGGUUAAAGGAGUCACCUAAGGUACAGAAAGCUCGUUUGCAGCAUGUCUCUUGGAUAGGCAAUACAACAGCCAUAGCAAUAGUAGCUGAUAAUGAUAUAUAUUUAAGACAAUCACCAUCGGAAGAAGAAGAUCAUAGACUUACAUUUACAGGAGAAGAGAACAUUAUAUAUAAUGGUGUACCUGAUUGGUUGUAUCAAGAAGAAAUUUUUACAUCGUUCGAGGCAAUGUGGUUUUCACCGGAUGGAUCGCACAUAAUGUAUGCAUCUUUCAAUGAUACACGUGUUGGUCAAAUGAGUUUUCCAUGGUUUACGUCCAAUACCAUAUUACCUGCAGGGAAAGAAAAUAUUAGAAAACUUUUUCCUAUCUCCAAACACAUUCGUUAUCCUACAGCUGGUGCCAUUAAUCCGGAAGUAACAUUAUGGGUUGUGAAUAUAACAAAUUUUAAUCAGAUAGAAACAAUCGAAUUAGCUAAACCGGCAGCAAUAGAAGGCCUAGAUCACUAUUUUAUAUCAGCUAAUUGGAUUGGCGACUCUAACAGCCGAAUUUCAACAGUAUGGAUGUCACGGUCACAAAAUAUGUCUUUAGUAGCUACAUGCUGUAGUCCAGCAUGGAAAUGUGAAGAGCGUCAUUCGGAAAGAGCUCCGGAGAAUGAAUGGUUGGACAUAUUACCUCAUCCUGUUUUUGCACCUGACGGCGAUAGCUUCCUAAUAAUGGCAGGUGUUCAAGAAACUGGCACGGAACAUUUCACUCACAUUAAGCAUGUAACAAUGACACAACAACGAAUAGCUGUGAUAUCACAUGGACGAUACGAGGUAAUUCGUAUAUUGGCAUGGGAUACAUCUAACCAUUUGGUAUACUAUCUAGCCACUCAUAGGAAACGACCUGGUCAACAGCAUUUAUAUGUAGUAAAAGACCCCGUUAACGAUGAGCUGAAGAGUUCUGCCACUGUUGUGGCCAAUCACCGACGCCCAGGGAGGCGACUCCACACCCAGGACCCUAACUCACGACCCGUUUAUUAACGGACCGGCGCCAAC